CAAAAGGUGAAAACCAUCAGUGAAAACACAUCUUAAGUCACACAGGAAGUAAGCAUUUUUUAAUGGAUAAGAUGACUUGAAAAUCAGUAAAAUGCUGACUUAUGCUCCUCACUUAUGAGGCACCUUAACGCAGGUUUUUGUCAAGAAGAAGUUUUGUUUCCAUUUCUUUAUGAAUGCUUCAAGUUUGUUUCAUUCUACAAUAAAUACAUUGGCUUUGAGGCCAUGGCUUUGGAGGCAACAAAAGUUUUUAUCCCCCCAACUGGCUAUACCUUUAUUCCCAGUUGCAGGAAAGAAGAAUUCUUGUGAUCUUCUUGCACUAAAUGAAACAGACUUAGAAGAGCAGUUUGUAAGAGGUGAUGGCCCAGGAGGCCAAGCAACUAAUAAGACAAGCAACUGUGUAGUUCUGAAACACAUUCCAUCUGGGAUUGUAGUCAAGUGUCAUCAGACUAGAUCAGUGGAGCUGAACCGACAGAGAGCCAGAGAAAUCCUACAGCAGAAAGUUGACCUCUUUUACAAAGGUGAAAAUAGUGACAUUUUUAAAGAGAAAAGAACAGCUGAGAAGAAAAAGCAAGAAAAGAAAAGAAGAGCAAAGGAGAAUCUAGAAAAGAAAAUGCACAUUAAAGAAAUGCAAGAAUCAGAUUCCAAAUGAGAGGAAAUGAUUUGGCUUGUCAGGUGUUGGGCAGUCUGCAGUGAUGACCCAGCAUAUGUUGUUCAUUUGAAGAACACUUUGACUACAGAUCUGACAAAAUGAAAGAAAGUACCAAUAUGAGAUUUCUAAAGAUAGAUACAGCACUCCACCCAAGGUUUAAGAAUUUGAAGUGCCUUCAAAAAUCUGAGUGGGAAGAGGUAUGGAAAAUGCUGUAAGAAAUCUUAAAAGAACAACACUCCAAUGCAGAAAUUACAGAACCCGAACCACUGAAAAAGAAAAUCAACCUUUUGUUGGUGCUCUUUGACUUAGAUGAUGAAAAUGUGAAAAUGAAGGUGUGUUGGUCCGUGCUGCUUUGGAUUGUUAUCAAGAAACACCUGUCAAAACAAGAACCGUCAUUCAAAUGUUUAGCAUAUCUGACAAUGCCAGCUACAACAGUGCCUUGCAAAAGCCUGUUCUUAUUUGUCACCUGAAAGUGAGAAGUAGGCAUAGUUAUCUCCCUUAAAUGUAAAUAAAUGUUUGUCUUAGUAAUUGGCUAAACAAGAAGUAGAAUUGAGUGGAUGUGUAGACUUUAAUGUUUUACAUUGUUUUGUUUUCUUGAGUGCACUUAUGUAAAAAGAUUCUACAUUUGUAAGCUGAACUUUCAGAAUGAAGAGAUUGCAUUACAGUAUUUGUAUGAUGUGAACUGAAACUGUUUUUUACAGUGCAAAUAUCUAAUAACUAUAAAGGGCACUGUGCAAUUCAUAUUCUGUGUUGUAAUUGAUAUCAAUAUUUGCAAAUGUCGAACAUCCAAAAAUCUGAUGUUUGAGUGAGAUUAAUUCCAAUUUUUUUAUUAUUUGAAAGUCCUAGUGUUUUUAGACCUCUUUGUCAAGGGAUAAAAGAUGUGAUAACUAACAAAGAUGUGGAAAAUACUGUAGGUUGAAAGCUACUUCUGUGAGUUCAUUCAUCUGGACCAUUGUUAUACAAAGUGUCCCCUUUCCCAAAUCUCUUAUUAUCCUCCAACAUCUGUAAUUUGCAUGAUCCAUCUUCCUUUUUGGGGUUUCAUUGUCCAGUUUCAGCAUUCAGUUUCACUGAGUUCACCUUUCAGAAUUAUGCUAUUGUCUGUACUAUACCACAAACACUCGAAUAGUUUCACCUCAGAAAGGGGCUUCAUUCUGUUUUUAAACAUUCCCCAACUUUAUUUGAAUAGGGAGCAUCUACUCAGUUGUAUUAAUGAU